CAACAAGAUCAUCUACUUCAACAACAACCCCAAUACCUCCAACAACUACAUCAACACCAAUUACAACAUCCACAUCCCGUUUUACUACAACCUCAUCAACUUCAAAACCUACUGUAGAUGACGUCACAACCCCGAUGACGUCACCAACUUCGAAUAUAAUCGAAGAAACAUCUCCCCAUAUUUCGUCUAAUAAUAAAAUUCCAAUUCCAACAAGAACUAAUAAUGAUCAUAAUAUGACGUCACAAACAGGAAUCAGAGAAUUUAACAUAUUGGCGGGAAAUAUUAAAUAUAUUCGUAAAAAUAGGCAACCUCCUUCCACAACUCAGACGACAACAACGAUAGAAAUUCCCUCUCUUGUGUUAACUGGAGUAGCGAAUAGCGGAGAAUGCCAUGCAAUGAUGGGCGAUUGUGAUCGAAUAGAGAUAUUUGGAACCGGCUUUGUUUCGAGUAAUCACAUGUCAAGUGACUCCGUUGCCGAACAAUCUUCUCUAAACUGCAUUGUUACAAAACAAGAUGGUCCGUUUCCUAACGCCGUUUCGUUUCCCGCCAUUUUUAAUUCCGAAGAAGAGAAUCAUAUGUUCUGUCCUCUUCCAGAGAUCCAAACACUUCUUGUGACGUCACAACCGCAAGUUAAUUACAAAAUUAAGGUCACCGAUGGCACCAGGGAAUCAAAUGAAGUUGACGUCACAAUACAUCUUGGAUAUGGAUCAUUGAAUCCGUGCGCACAAAACCGGCCACCAGUUUUGAACGAAGAAAAAGAUAAACUCAAGGCGUUUGAAGGAGAAAUAUUCAUCUAUCAAUUGAAUGCAACUGAUCCAGGAGACCCGUUCAUAUACUUCGACAUCGACAAAUCAAAAACGACGGACAUGUACGUGUCAGUGAAUGGACUACUUGAAUGGACGGUGCCUCUUGAAUCCUCAGCCAAGACCAAGAAUGUUACUAUUAUCAUAAAGGACCAGUGUGGACUGAAUACAACAGAGACUAUCCAGAUCACCAUACUUCCAUGCUUGUGUGAGAAUGGCGGACGUUGCAUUCCAGAUAUUUCCAAAGAAGUUGGACUCGGAGCUUAUGAGUGUCAGUGCCUGGUUGGUUUCGGUGGAAAAUUUUGCAACGAAACGUGGAAUGAAUGUCCUUUGGGAUUUACUGGAGCGAACUGCAUGACAGACAUUGAUGAGUGCCUUGUAAAUCCGACACCGUGCUUCGAAGGAGUGGAAUGCUUCAACUACAUGGGUUCAUAUUAUUGUGGGCAAUGUCCGGAUGGAUAUCUGGGAAAUGGCUUAACUUGUAUAAAAGUUGAUUAUUCGUUAUCCGAUGACACGAUCGCUGUUGAAAACGAGACAUCAGUGCUGUGGGAUGAUGAUGAUUCACUCAUUGUUCCUGAUAUUCGUGAUUUGGCUCACGAAGUUCACAAAUCCCGUGAAUUGAUUCGUGAAUUAGCUAAUGAAGAUGAUUCACCAAUUCACGACUAUGAUGAUAUCAUUGGCUCGCUUGGUGAUUUUGGAAAUUUAGAAACUGCUCAAUCAAAUGAAUUAACUACUGAUAAUGAAAUGGUUCGUGAGAUGGUGAACACUGAUGAAUCUGAAUCACGAAUUCGUGAGCUACAAUUAGUUCAAGGUACCCGCCCGUCCUCGGAAGUACGAGUUUUCACUACAAUACCUAGUGUUGCCAAAGGAGAAUCUACUGAACAGCGGGAAGACGAAAUACAUGCUACUAGAGCAGUUUUUAUCCCAGAUAUAGUUAGUGUGCGUCCAAUCGAGUCCGAAACGACAACCAAACCAGCGACCACAACCAUUGAAAGCCAUCAAGAUGAAAUUAUUACGGAAAAAACGACGGAACCCCUCCUUCCACCUACGGAAGCUACUACUAAUGCUAUGAAUGAAACAACGAGCGGUAUCCAGCAGUUAUACACAGAAAAAAUCAAUAUAAGUCAAUUGUCUUCAACAGAAUCACAGGGCGAACAUAGAACCGUGUCGUCUAAUGUCCCUCAAAUAGAAUCGAAUGUGAAAUCCACAGUGUCUUCAUUUUCUGUUCACAAAGAAGCAGAAACAACAAACGCAAGAUUGAGUAAACUUGGUACCGAUUUAGAUGAGCUAUCGACUAUCAGCAACAAUAUGUUUAAAACGCUUCUUUCUACCCCCAGUAGAACCACGUUUGCCACGAAUACUGCUGCAAUGGAGAAACAAAGUGAGGCGCUAACUAAUCAGAAUACAGAGACUGCUACAACAACUUUAACAUCGACUGAAGAUGCAUCUACGGUCACCCAAAAGGGUAUCAAUGAAGGCACACGAGAGAAGAAAAUUUUAAGCCAAACUGAUACCACUACAGCCUCUUCUACUACCAAAUUAUAUGUUGAUAGUUCGGAUGAAAGCGGAGUCAUAAUGCCUUCGUUAAGAGAUGUUAUUCACGACACUAUUCCUCGCAGCAAAACGAAUUUGUCUGCGAUAUUGGAACAAUUCCAUAAACACUUUGGUGAUCGUCUUCUCGUAAUUCAGAAAAAGACCAGUGGAUCAACGACAACCAGUCAGCCAACAACGACCAGUCAGCCAACAACAACUACAAGUCAGCCGACAACAACGACGACCAGUCAGCCAACAACGACGGCAAGUCAGCCAACAACGACGACUAGUCGGACAACAACGACGACCAAUAAACCAAUGAUGACGACCAUGGGGGGAAAAACAACAACUAAUCAGCCAACAACAACGGCCAGUCGGCCAAUAACGACGACCAGUCAGUCAACUACAACGGCCAGUCAGCCAACUACAACGACCAGUCAGCCAACUACAACGACCAGUCAGCCUACAACAACGACCAGUCGGGUGACAACAAAAGCCAGUCAGCCAACAACGAGGGCCAGUCAGUCUACAACAACGACCAGUCAGGCAACAACAACGACCAGUCAGCCAACAACAACGACCAGUCAAGCAACAACAACGACCACCCAGCCAACAACGACGACCACUCAGGCAAAAACAUUGACAAGUUUGCCAACUGCAACGACCAGUCAGCCUACAACAACGACUAGUCAGCCAGCAACUAAGACCAGACAGACGACCAGUCAGCCAAAUACAACAAACAGUCAUCCAACGACGACGACCAGUCAGCCAACAACAAUGACCAGCCAGUCAAUAACGACGACCAGUCAGUCAACUACAACGACGAGUCAGAUAACUACAACGACCAGUCGGGUGACAACAAAAGCCAGUCAGCCAACAACGAGGGCCAGUCAGUCUAUAACAACGACCAGUCAAGCAACAACGACGACCAGUCAUCCUACAACAACGACCAGUCAAGCAACAACGACGACCAGUCAUCCUACAACAACGACCAGUCAAGCACCAACAACGACCACUCAGCCAACAACAACGACUAGUCAGCCAACAACUAAGACCAGACAGACGACCAGUCAGCCAAAUACAACAACCAGUCAUCCAACGACGACGACCAGUCAGGCAACAACAACGACCACCCAACCAACAACGACGACCAGUCAGCCAACAACAACGACCAUUCAGCCAACAACAACGACUAGUCAGCCAAAAACUAAGACCAGACAGACGACCAGUCAGCCAAAAACUAAGACCAGACAAACGACCAGUCUGCCAAAUACAACAACCAGUCAUCCAACGACGACGACCAGUCUGGCAACAACAACGACUACCCAACCAACAACGACGACCAGUCAGGCAACAACGACGACCACCCAGCCAACAACGACGACCAGUCAGCCAACUACAAUGGCCAGUCAGCCUAUAGCAACGACUAGCCAGUCAACAUCAACAACCAGUCAGCCAACAAAUAAGACCAGACAGACGACCACUCAGCCAAAUACAACAACCAGUCAGUCAAAAAUAACGACCAGACAGAUGACCCCUCAGCCAAAUACAACAACCAGUCAGUCAAAAAUAACGACCAGUCAGCCAAAUACAACAACAAGUCAGCCGACAACGACGACCAGUCAGACAAAAUCAACGACUAUUCAGUCAACUGCGACGACCAGUCAGGCAACAACAAAUACAACCAGUCGGGCUUCAACAACGACCAGUCAGCCAAUAACAACGACUAGUCAGACGACUAGACAGCCAUCGAAGACUACCAGUCAGUCAACAACGACGACCAGUCAGUCAACAACGACGACCAGUCAGUCAACGACGAUGACCAGUCAACCGACAACGGCGACUAGUCAACCGACAACGGCGACCAGUCAACCGACAACGGCGACCAGUCAACCGAUAACGACGAUCAUUCAGCCAAACACAACAACUAGUCAGUCUUCAACAACGAUCAAUCAGCCAACUACAACGACUAGUCAGGCAACAACGACUACCAGACAGCCAACGACGACGACCAGUCAGCCAACAACUAGGACCAGACAGACGACCAGUCAGCCAACGACAACGACCAGUCCGCCAGAUACAACAACCAGUCAGUCAACUACAACGACCAUUCAGCCAACAACUACUAGUCAGGCGACCAGCCAGUCAUCAACGUCGACCAGUCAGCCAACAAUGACGACCAGUCAGCCAACAACAACGACCACUGCAAAUUUAACGCCGAGACGCUCUUUCAUAUCAGGAAUGCGUAAAGUAGUAAAAUGCCGAAAGACAAAGUCAGGAAGAAAAGUCUGCAUUCCAGUUCUCAGAAGAAUGAAAUGGAGAAAAAAUAAAGAACAAAUAACCAUAGGAGGAAGACCAAUGAAAUAUUACGUUUCGAGAAAACUUUCAAGAACGAAAUUCUCACAAAAAGAAUGUCAGAAACGAUGCGGAUUACGAGGCAAAUGUACAACUUACGGAAUGUGCAAAUGUGAACCUGAAUAUGCGGGACAAUUUUGUGAACGAUCAUCUUGUGACGUCAUGUGUAAGAACAAUGGUGUCUGUAUUUCAAGAAACACCUGCAAAUGUGUUAAUGGAUAUUUUGGGCCAACAUGUGGCGAAUUCAGAUGCGAUGAUCCUUGCCAAAAUGGAGGCACAUGUAUACGACCCAACACCUGCAACUGUGCAAAAGGAUUUGAAGGCAAUCUGUGUGAAAAUCCGGUUUGCGAUCCUGGCUGUGUGAACGGAGGAAAAUGUGAAUCUGGCAACGUGUGUUUGUGUCCUCAAGGUUACGAGGGAGACAGAUGCCAGAAAGCCGUCUGCAAUCCUGAGUGUCAAAAUGGCGGCCAUUGCAUCAGGAAGAAUGUGUGCACCUGCGCGAGAUUGUUCCUGGGUGACAGAUGCCAGAUAAGUGUCUGUUCCCCAGGAUGUGGUCACGGCGGUCGUUGUAUGAAAAAUAAUAAAUGUUUUUGUAAGACCGGGUGGACUGGGAACCAUUGCAAUACACCAAUAUGUAUUGACAAAUGUGCAAACGGUGGUGUCUGUGUUUCUCCUAACAAAUGUAAAUGUAAGGCAGGAUGGUCUGGAUCUUCAUGCAGGACAGGUCAUUGCAGAAGAUGUCGGUUCGGUUCGCGCUGCGUACGACCAAAUACUUGUCGAUGUCCGUACGGUCCACGAGGAAAGGGCUGUAGGCUGAGGUUACUUCUCAGCAGAAGAUCUUCAAUACGGCGAUUUUGAAACUGGAUCUACAUUUCUAAUCAGCAUCUCCAUUGGCCGAACAAAGGGACGUCGAUUCAGAAGUAGAGAAGCAUAAACUCUCGUUCGUCAUAAACUUCAUCCGCUAUAGUCAAGGUUCUAAAAUGUAUCUAUGUCAUCAUAGUGUUUUGAACUUUGCUUGUGUGUCGUCAGAAUGUUAAAUCUACUUUUUACUUAUGACGUAAUACGCCGUUUGAAUACUAUUUAUUGAGCUAUUUAUUGUAUUAACUUCGCUUUUUUAAAAACUGGACAAUGAUGGAAAUGAUUGCAGUGCUUCUGGCAUUGUAAAAAAGUAUUUGUUCUCGCGCUAUUUGAGUAGUUCUCUGCCGUUUUACCUGAAAAUGAGGUCCUUUCGAAUAAAACCAGGUUAUGUACAUGUGAGUACUGCCAGAAGCAAUGCAUUAAACCAGGGAUGUGCAACCUGCGGCUCACAAGGAAAAUUUGUGCGGCCUGCAGAGAAGUGCCAAUUUUGAAUCAUGUGCGGCUUGUGAGUUUUUAAUUAAUUUAGUUUUAUCUGGUAAUUCCAAUCCCCUUGCGUUGCAAUCCUAUACAUUACCAAUCCAAUUUAUUAUCUAUGCCUAUGACGUUAUAAUGCCCUGACAGCUAGUUUUUGUGAAGCGAACAACACAUGUCAUAAAAUUAAUGACCAAAAUUAGAAAGCUUAUGUUUAAUGAAGGUGCGGCCGCAGGUUCAGCCAGUUUUUUUUUAUAUCUGACCCACUGGUAUUAAAGGUCGCACACCCUUAAUUCAAAAUACGCACAGAAACUGCUUAAAAUUGAAUUCUAAAAGAUGUAGGCAUACUCUGCCUGGAUCUAUUUUCACGAUGAGUCGACGAAUUGACAUGAAAACUGCGGCACCUGAGUUGUUUAUGA